AUGGUGGGACUCACAAGGUGGUACUGCAUAGGGUCGUCUGCAGCUCUGCUAAGCACGCUUCCUUGCCAGCAGUUCGUAACAAGCAUAUCGGCGCCUAACCGAGGCUAUCGCAACGACCCCGCUCUGGCAUUUAUUCAUGGGUAUACGGAACGGCGGGGACCUGGCACAAACUGCCUCCAAGAUUAUAGGAGCCAGCUCAAAGGAAUCCGAGUAGAGCCAGAGGAUGCUGGCGGCACGACGACGCAAGCAUGUGAAGAUGAGGAAAAUGACAUUAAGUUGGAUAAUCAGCAACAUAGAGACGGUCUUAUGAGGAAUUUUUGUAUCAUAGCUCAUGUAGACCACGGUAAAUCUACACUUGCUGACAGGUUCCUAGAGCUUACCAAAGCAGUUCAGCCACAUGAAAUACAGGGACAGUACCUAGAUAAUAUGGAACUUGAACGUGAACGUGGGAUCACUAUAAAGUUGCAGAGCGCACUUAUCAAAUAUACUUACCCAAAGGACGGUAAAACAUACAGCCUCAAUCUCAUAGACACGCCAGGACAUAUAGAUUUUAAUCACGAAGCAAGAAGGUCGAUAGCCGCUUGCGAGGGUGCCAUACUUGUAGUUGACGGUACCAAGGGCAUACAGGCUCAGACAGUGACCACAUCGAUGAUAGCUAUUGAAAGCGGACUCAAGCUCAUACCCGUUGUAAACAAAAUAGAUGUGCCUUUUUGUGAUUACGAUGCUGCUGCUGCAGAUUUAACGACAAUAUUUGACUUCAAGGAGGAAGAGAUUCUCAUGGCAUCUGCAAAGGAAGGGUUCGGAAUAACAGAAAUCCUAGACGCUGUUGUCGAACGUGUCCCACCACCAAAAAUUGACGUAGAAAAACCUUUCAGGGCUUUAGUUUUUGACAGCCAGUAUGAUCCGCACAGGGGAGUGGUGAGCUACGUGAGGGUCGCUGACGGGGCUAUAAAAAAGCUGGAUGAUGUACUAUUUCUAGGACAUAACCUUGAAGCAAGAGUCACUGCAGUUGGUGUAAUGAUGCCAGAACUGCGUGAACAAGAUCAGUUGCGGUCCGGUGAAGUAGGCUGGCUCUGCUGCAACACGAAGGAUCCAAGUAAAGUGGCAGUGGGUGACACUGUAGUGCUGAAGUCCGCAGUUAAGGAGGGGGGUGUAGAGCCUCUGGUAGCAUUUGAGCCCGCCAAGCCGUCUGUCUUCGCCGGUCUUUACCCCUGCGAUGGCACAGACUACAUGAAACUCAGUGGCGCACUUGACAAACUCAAACUCAACGACCAUUCCCUAGUAUUCGAACCUAGCGAGUCUAGCAUUGCGGGGCACGGUUUCAAGUGUGGAUUUAAUGGGUUGUUGCAUCUCGACGUCACUGUACAAAGGCUACAACGAGAACAUGAUGUUGGAGUGAUUGUCACGUCACCUUCAGUUCCUUAUCUCUGCCACUUGAAAAACGGCAAACAGAUCACUGUCAGUGACGCGGCGCAUUGGCCAGAUGAUGGUAUGGUAAAAUUAGCUGAGGAGCCAUGGACUAAUGUGACUAUACGUAUACCAGGAGAGUAA